AUGAGCCAUGGUUUUGUAAAUCAUUCAAAACCCAUAUUGGAUUCAGUAAUUAAGAACAACCCACCUGAUCAAGUUGUUAAAUUUGUUAUUAAAUCAUGUGAAAAAGAUUUAAACUUCAAUAGUUCAAGAAAGUGUUUAAAAGUGUUUGAUUGUGUCAUUUGUUUGUAUUGUGAAUAUGGCUUGUGUUUAAAAGGGUUGGAAGUUUUUAACUUUGCCAAAUGUUUAGACAAAAAUGAGUUGUUUUCAGUUGGUUUGUGUAAUACAUUGCUUAAUUCGUUACAGGAGAACGACGAGGUUGAGUUGGGAUUGUGUUUUUUAGGUGUUGUGAUUCGCCAUGGGGUAUUGAUUGAUCAGUUUACUUGGCUUGUGAUUGCGAGACUUUUAAAGAAACAGCGUAAAGUUGAUGGGAUGAUUAGGAUUAUCGAUACGGGUAUUCAUGAUUCGGUGAUAUAUGAUUUAGUCAUUGAGUGUUGUAGUGAAAUGGGAAUGUUUGAAAUUGCAUUGCACAUGUUUGAUGAAAUGUCUAAGAGAAAACUAAGUCCAGGGUUUAAUACUUUUGCCUCGAUUCUUAAUGGUGCGUGUAGGUAUAAAAACGAUGAAAAGAUCAAAUUCGCAAUGGAGUCCAUGGUAGAAAAAGGGUAUGUUUCAAAAACUUUAACUGGACGUGAUUUACUUAUUAGAAAGCUUUGUGAUAUUAGAAAGACUUAUGCAGCUCAAAUGUUGUUUAAGACAGCUUGUGAUGUCCAAAGCUCGUUAGAAAGCGAGACUUAUGGUUGUAUGUUACGUGCGUUAUCAAUGGAAGCUCGUGUAGAGGAUGCAAUAGAAACUUACCAUUUUAUUGAAAAAAGAAGAAUACAAGUGAACCCCAGUCUUUAUAAUGAGUUUAUUAACGUUCUUUGCAACGAAGAUUUAUCAAAAGAAGUUAGUUCAUUACUCGUAAAUAUGAUCUCAAGAGGUUAUAAACCAUCCCCAAUGGCGUUAUCAAAAUACAUUAUUUCUCAAUGCAAGAAACGCCGAUGGCAAGAAUCAGAAGAGCUUGCAAAUUUGGCUCUUCAAGAAUCCAUCUGUCUCGAUGCUUCUUGCUGUGGAUGCUUAGUUAAACAUUACUGCAACAAGGGACGUGUCGAUUUAGCCAUAAAAAUGCAUGAUCAAAUGGAGAAAAAGGAGUUAACUUUGGAUUCAAAAACUUAUAAUGCACUUCUAACUGGACUUUUGGACGUGCCGAUGGUUAAAGAUGCAGAACGAAUCUUUGAUUACAUGAGAAUCAAUAACUUGCUUGUUAGUGAAAGUUUCGUGAUAAUGAUUAAUGGUUUCUUUCACGACAACGAGUUGAAAAAAGCCAUGAAAUUGCACGAUGAAAUGCUGGAAAUGGGACUUAAACCUAGUACAAAAAUGUAUAAACAGUUGAUAUGCAAUUUUAGGUAA